AUGUCGCUCGAUAUCAAACCUAGUGAACGACCCACUGAGGUGGAAAAAAUUCCUGAUGUCCCGCUUAACUCUGACGAUGCUUUGCUUCAAGCUCAGGGUCAUCGGGCUGAGCUAAAUCGGUCGUUUUCCUGGAUAGGCGCGAUAGGAUUCGCCUUCAGCAUUUCGAAUGCAUGGCUCGGAUAUGCCGCAACUAUAGGAUCAGCCCUGCUCUAUGGAGGAGGUCAAACGGCUUUGUUUGGGCCCGUUCUUGCGGCAGUGGCGACUUCGAUCGUUUUCCAGGGCCUGGCAGAGUUAUCCUCUGCAUUUCCGUCGUCGGGUGGCCAAUAUCACUAUACCUAUAUCAUGGCUCCCAGCUCUAUUCGCAAUUUCCUGGCCUUCCUGGUAGGUAUUUGUAAUAUCCUCGGCUGGUGGAUGGCCCUUGCGUCGGGGACCAUCAUCGUGGCAACCUCGACCUUUGGCCUCGUGCUGUUCUGGUACCCGGAAUUCGAGAGUCAGCAAUGGCAGGUCUAUUUGUGCUAUGUCUUGACGAUUUUGUUGAGCUUGAUUCCGGUCUUCGUUAUUCCUCAGAAGCGCGUCGACCAUUUGGUUAAUUCGGCGAUGGCCCUAUCCAUUCUUGGCUUCUUCGCUACCAUUAUCACUUGCUUGGUAAUGGGCAGAGGCGAUUUUCACCCCGAGAUGAUGACGCAGUACGAUGGCGCUAGCGGAUGGUCGAGAGUUCCGGCCUGGUUGCUGAGUAUCAACCUCGGUCAGUAUGCCUACAUGGGCAAUGGGGCUGUCACGCAUAUUGCCGAGGAGAUGCCGCGGCCAGGACGCAACCUGCCUUUGGUAUUAAACAUGGCCCAGCUUAUAGGCGUCGUCACCGCCAUCCCGUGGACCAUGGUCAUGCUCACUGGCGUCAAAGAUAUGCCUGCCGUUCAGAAAUCGUUUUUCGCGUCCAUGGAGAUGUUCUACCAGUCGACUGGGAGUAGAACGGCGGCGACUAUCCUGCAAUCCUACCUUAUCCUGCUCUACUACACCUGUCUCCCCAGCCAGUGGAUAACAAGUAGCCGGAUUGCCUGGGCGUUCUCGCGCGACGCCGGUCUACCUCUCUCGUCAUACUGGAACCAUAUCUCCCCCAAAUACCACAUCCCCGUGCGCACCACCUUCCUCUCCGCCGCCUUCUGCCUCAUCUACGGCCUCCUGUACAUCGCCAGCACCGACGCCUUCAACUCCAUCAUCAACAUGUCCUUCAUGUUCCUGACCUUCACCUACGUCGCCCCGCAGACCAUCUUGCUCUUCGGCCGCCGCAAUAGUCUGCCCAACCGGCCGUUCAAUCUGGGAAAGUGGGGAAAUGCAGUGAAUGCAUUCGCCAAUGUUUGGUUCCUGUACACGUUGGUUUUGGUGUGUUUUCCGACGCAGUUGCCGACGACGAAGGGGUCGAUGAAUUAUGGGGCUGCUGUGGCGGUUGGGGUGUUUGUGCUGGUGAUGCUGAUGUGGGUGGAGAGGAGGAAGAAGUUCGCUGGGCCGAAUAUCGACUGGGAUAUGUUGAAGAGGGCGCUGGAGUAG